AUGGCAGCAGCCUCAACUCCAGCAUUCUUCGCCGCAGUCGAGACUCGCAUCUCCUGCUACGAACUCUCCAAAGAGUCCCCGAUCCCGGACUCGCGCAUCCGAGAAAUCGUCUCCACGGCCGUCAAACACGCUCCCUCAUCCUUCAACGUGCAAAGCGCACGAGCUGUAAUCCUCCUCAAAGCCGAGCAUGACACGCUCUGGAACAUUGCCGACCGCAUCUCUCAAUCCGCUCAACCCGAGAUGUAUAACAAAAUGCUGGGGAAAAUGAUCUCGGGAUUCAGCUCUGCAUAUGGUACCGUCUUGUGGUUUGAAGAUCAGGACGCGUUAGACGGUCUCGCAGCGAAAAAUCCCCUCUUUGGCGACUUGGUGCCGGGGUGGGGGGAUACGUCUUCGGGGAUGCAUCAGUUCAUUGCGUGGACGGCUUUGGAAUUAGAGGGGUUGGGGUGUAAUUUGCAACAUUUCAAUUUUAUCGGGGAGUUUGAAGAAGAGGUGAAAAGGCAGUGGGGACUACCGGGGACGUGGAGGUUGAAGUCACAGUUGGUUUUUGGGAAGCCCGUGAAUGGACUGGUGAGGAAGAGGGAGCGGAGUUAUCUUCCCAUGGAGGAUAGGGUCAAGAUCUUCGGCUCUUCUUAG